ACUAGCGUCACUACACACCUACUACUACGCUAAUAAGAAGAAGAAGAGGAGGAAGAUGGGAGUGACACCUAAAAUUGCUCCUUCGAUGCUAUCAUCGGAUUUCGCUAAUUUGGCUUCCGAAGCGCAUCGUAUGAUCAACUACGGCGCUGAUUGGCUUCACAUGGACAUCAUGGAUGGGCAUUUUGUCCCUAAUUUAACUAUGGGCGCUCCAAUCAUUGAAAGUUUGAGAAAGCACACAAAGGCAUAUCUGGACUGUCACCUGAUGGUUACAAAUCCUCUUGACUAUGUUGAACCUUUGGGAAAAGCUGGUGCUUCCGGUUUUACAUUUCAUAUAGAGACAUCAAAAGACAACUGGAAAGAACUUAUCCAAAAUAUUAAGUCACACGGCAUGAAGCCUGGUGUAGCGAUUAAGCCUGGGACAUCAGUUGAAGAGGUUUAUCCUCUGGUUGAAUCUGAAAAUCCUGUGCAAAUGGUUCUUGUCAUGACUGUAGAACCUGGAUUUGGAGGACAAAAAUUUAUGCCAGAGAUGAUGGACAAGGUACGGAAACUGAGGCAGAAGUAUCCGUCACUUGACAUAGAGGUUGAUGGUGGUUUAGGACCUUCAACCAUAGACGCAGCUGCAUCAGCGGGAGCAAAUUGCAUUGUUGCUGGAAGUUCGGUAUUUGGAGCCCCUGAGCCAGAUCAAGUAAUAUCAUUACUGAGGCAUUCUGUCGAGAAAUCACAGUAAACAUAGUAAAGACCCGUCAUUUAUGUUACGGUACACGUCACAACUACAUGUAAUAUGCUCGAUGUGCCAGUAACAUUUUCAAGUCAAAUAAGAGAUCAGCUGUUAUAAUAAUAAUAAUGUCACUUUACAUGUCUCUAUAUUUAUUGUGCAAUUAACAGAAACUGUAAAGGCAUAAAACGGAUGACACAUACCGCUGUCACCUGAAUCCUUUGUUGACCAUUGAAGAUUAAAUUUUAAUUUUGAUCCA